AUGGCUAAACGAUCAACACCCUCCACUAUGCGGGUAUGGAGGUACGCUUCCGCUCAAGGAGGACUGGAAAACAAUCUCAAGCUACACGAAUCGGAGCCAUUGCCUACACGCAAACCUGAUCAGCAUCUCGUCCAAGUCAUCGCAGUCGGACUCAACCCGGUCGACUACAAACCGGCAGAAGCACCUGUGAUCGGCAAACUCGCUGUCAAGCUACCUGCGACCCCUGGUUUCGACAUCUCGGGCCGCAUCAUCACCGCAGCAGACGGUUCGAGUCUGAAAGCCGGCCAGAUCGUGUACGGCGCAUCGAAUAUAAAUCCUAUGGCUGGGGGUGCAUUGGCUGAGUACAUUGCUGUCCCCGACGAGAUCAUCGGACCUGUACCAUCAGGUCUCUCGCCGAUACUUGCUGCUGGUGUGCCAGUGGCCGCGAUCACGGCUUAUGGAUCGCUCGACGGCCACAUCAAAGCGGGCUCGCGUGUAUUUCUGAACGGUGGCAGUGGUGGCGUAGGUACAUUCGGCAUCCAAAUCGCCAAGGCAAUGGGAGCUCAUGUCACUGUCUCAUGCUCGUCUCGCAAUGCUGAGUUGUGCCGCUCGCUGGGCGCGGACGAGGUAUUCGAUUACCGCUCGCGUCCUCUACUGGAACAGCUCCAAGAAGCCACAAAGAACGGCCGGCCUUUCGAUCACGUCGUCGAUAAUGUCUUUAGCGAUCCGGCUCUGUACUACAAAGCUCACACGUAUACGACACCCGCAGCCAAAUUCGUCGAGGUGGCCAGUGGUCCUACGUUGUGUUUCAUGAAGUUUGCACUUAGUGCCAAUCUUACACCCAGGAUACUUGGAGGAGGAAAACGCAAGCUCGUGAUAUUCGUCUCGAACAUCAAUCGGCAAAACCUCGACAAGAUCGCGGCACUGAUUGCAGAUGGCAAAGUCAAGCCUGUCACUGACGAAGUUUUUGGAAUGAGCGAUGCUGUCAACGCAUACAAGCGAGUGAAGACGGGGAGGGCAGUCGGCAAAGUGAUCAUUGAUGUCAGUAGUGAGAUGCAAUAA